UGUAUAAGGCCACAUGCGUCAAUACAUCAAAUCAGGAGGACUUUGACAUGCGAAUUUGUACCUAAUGGUGUUUUUAGACAUGUGUGGAUGUAAAAUCCUCUGCAUGGGUUACAACUUGAAAGCCUAGAACCCUAUUGCAUAAUAUAGUCUAUAGAUAUAUGCUUGUCUGCUUUUAUUUAUUUUUUUUAAUAUCAAAAAGUUUUAUGUGUUAGUGCCAGUCCAGAAUCAAAGUUUAUACUGUAAUUUGCAAAGACGUCGUGUGUUCUUUUUUCCUAUCCCAUAUCUUUCAUAAAUACUAAUAUUCGCUUGUCCUGAAUAUUGCUUAUUGGUUAAAUCAUGAUGCAAUCAAGGGAUGAGAGGAGAUCUGAGUCCCCAUCAGGUUUAGUCCUCACCACCGAUCCUAAGCCUCGCCUUCGCUGGACCGCUGAGCUUCAUGAACGCUUCGUUGACGCCGUUACUCACCUUGGAGGCCCUGACAAGGCUACGCCGAAGACGAUAAUGAGAGUGAUGGGCGUGAAAGGUCUUACACUUUACCAUCUCAAGAGCCAUCUCCAGAAGUUCAGACUUGGAAAGCAACCUCACAAGGACCAUAGUCAGGGUCACUCCAUAAAUAUUAGGGAUACUAAUAGAGUUUCCAUGUUGGAUCUUCAGAGGAAUGUUGUCUUCACUACUCCACACGUCAUUGGUCACAAUAUGAACGAGAUGCAAACUGAAGUGCAAAGAAGAAUAGAGGAAGAGGUAGAGGUAGAAAGACAGGUGAAUCAAAGGAUAGAAGCACAAGGGAAAUACAUGGAGAGCAUGCUAGUGAAAGCAUGUGAAACACAAGAAGCAAGCCUUACCAAAGACUACUCUACUCUCUUUUUCGCCCCAAACACUAUUUGCAACAACACAUCACCCCUCACAAUCCAAUGGUUCGAGGAUCAGUUUCCUUCUUCUUCCUCUAUGGACUCUGCAAUGCAUCUCCCUGACAUCAAUUCCAACUUCUCCCUCCAAGAUUCUCGGAGUUCCAUCACCAAGAACCAUACGGUUUGCCUCGGUUAAAGAAUACUAUAUAUAGGUCUAGCUAUUUGUUACUCUAGCUUUGAUGCGCACUUGGUGUAUAAAUGCGCAAACUUGCAUGUAAUAACUUCUGCCAAACAUGAAGUAGAUCUUCGUUAUCCACUCUAAUAAAUGUGAUGAUGUGCAAUA